AUGGGUUUGCAGAAAAUUUCAUGGCAGAGGCUUGAUGAUCUCUUGCCAACAAGUGAUGACUGGUCACUUGGCUACACUUCAAUUUCUGGAGGGGAAGACUUUUGCAUUGGGGGUCAUCGCUUGAAUGUCGUUUUUUCUCCGAAUGGAACUCUGCUACAAUUCCAAUGCAGAAGUCAAUGCAAAAUCUCCAUGAACUCCUCCCUCUCCAUAGUCCAUUCUUAUCUUGUUGCGAGGAAUUCGGUUGCUGCUAAUUCACUGUCAGUUCAAAAUCUUAGCAGUGGUCAGAAGCAAAGGGUUGCUAUUGCUGGUGCUUUAGCUGAAGCAUGUAAAGUUCUCUUGUUGGAUGAGCUUACAACAUUUUUGGAUGAAACUGAUCAGCUUGGGGUAAUCAAAGCAGUAAGGAACUCUUUAGAUAGUUCCGAAGAGGUUACAGCAUUAUGGGUGACACAUCGCUUGGAGGAGCUUGAGUAUGCAGAUGGUGCAGUCUAUAUGGAAGAUGGGAGAGUUGUCAAGCAUGGAGAUGCAAAAACCAUUUUGGAAUUCAUUAAAGGCAGGCAAUCAGCAUAUAUCAAACAAAUCAAUUCUUGAUUAAAAAUUUGGCUCUCCUGCUAUUUAAAGUCACUGUUUUCUGGUAAAUAUUUAUAGACAUUUUACCAUAGUUUUGUGAAUAUUUAUAGAUUCUUUACUGUUCUGGUAUAUUUUUUUUUCUUCAUGCUGUUGAUUUCCUGCUUUUCUUUCCCUAGGUCUUCAUGUUUUUCGAAUCACCUGGGGCAUGCGUACCUUAGCGUAACUAGCUUUAAUGCCACUGUGUUGAUCAUAGAUCAGCUUUCAUUGUAGAGUUAAAAUCAGGGAAAAGACUUUGAAAUUCAACCCUUGUUUUUCAUGUCCUCUAGUUAAACCAAGUCCCUUUAUGUAGACUGUUAAUUGAGUAAUUUCUUUUCAUGUUGUUG